AUGACCAUCAACUCAGGCCCUGAAUCUAUAUCCUUCCCGGUGAGCACGCAGGCUAAAAAGCCUCGCCAGCUGCCGGUGACUCUUCUCUCGGGUUUCUUAGGAAGCGGAAAGACAACUCUCCUCGAGCACAUCCUGCAGUCUGAUCAUGGGUUCCGCAUCGCCGUCAUUGUCAAUGACAUGAGCAGCCUCAACAUCGACGCAACCCUCAUAAAACACCACCAUGUCUCCCAGACAAAAGAAACCCUCAUCCAGCUGCAAAACGGCUGCAUCUGCUGCACCCUGCGAGGCGACCUCCUCUCCGAGCUGGCGCACCUCACCCACCAGGAAGACGUGCAGUACGUGGUGAUCGAGAGCACGGGCAUCAGCGAGCCGAUGCAGGUAGCCGAGACGUUCACGGCCGAGUUCAGCUCUGCCCUUCUCGAAGCCGACGUCGCCAGCGACGAUGACCGGAAGAUCCUCAACCAGAUGUACCUCCCCAUUCCCAACCUAUCUGCUCUCCCCGCCUUGCUAACUGCAGCUGGUAGUGUGGAACUCGGCGGCCUCCACACCCUGGCCCGCCUCGACACAACCGUAACCGUCAUCGACGCCUUCAACUUGCUCUCCAACUUCGACACCGCCGAGUUCCUCUCGGACAGGUACGGCAGCCAGACCAUUCCGGAAGACGAGCGCACCAUCUCCGACCUGAUGGUCGACCAGAUCGAGUUCGCGGAUGUGAUCAUCGUGAACAAGAUCGAGACGGUGCGCGAGGAUGUGCGCGCGCGCAUUCGCAGCAUCCUGCAGCUGCUCAAUCCGGCCGCCAAGGUGCUCGAGACGAGCUACUCCCGCGUCGAUGUGAAGGAGAUCCUUGACACGGGCCGGUUUGAUUUCCUCAAGGCGGCGUCUGGCGCGGGCUGGCUGCGCAGUCUGCAUGAGAUGACCAAGCGGGAGACGGGGAAUGGGGAGCGACUGGCGCCUGUGCCGGAGACUGUUGAGUAUGGGAUUAACAACUUUGUGUACAGGGCGCGGCGGCCGUUUCAUCCGCGCCGGCUGUUUGCGCUGCUGCAUGACAAGUUUAUCAUUCUGCAGAAUGGGGCUGAGGAAGAGGAUGAUGAAAAUGAAGAUGACGAUGAAGACGAAGACGAAGACGAAGACGAAGAUAUGGAGGAUGCGGACGGGGAAGAAGAUGAUGAAGUGUCCGACUUUGCGCAACAAGACCCCGACACCAUCCUCGCCAACCGCCGCGCAAAUCCCACCCUCCGCCCCAUCCUCCGCUCCAAAGGCUUCUUCUGGCUCGCAACACGCCCCUACCAGUUCGGCGAAUGGAGCCAGGCCGGCGGCAUGCUGACGGUUGGCUGCGGUGGGCCGUGGUUUGUUGAAGUGCCGGACGAGGCGUGGCCGGAAGAUGCCGACGUGCGCAAGUCGAUUGAAGACGACUUUGAUGGGCGGUGGGGCGAUCGACGCCAGGAGAUUGUGUUUAUUGGAGAGGGUAUCGACCCGGCUGCUAUCACUGGGCUGCUGGAUGAGUGUCUACUUACGGACAAGGAGAUGGCCGAGUGGGAGGGGCUUAUGGAGCGCAAUGCGUCCAAGACGGAGAAGCAGGAGGCUAUGAUGGGUAUCUGGGAGGACGGAUGGGAGGGAUGGGUGUCGCCCGAGUAUGCGGACGAGGACGAGGACGAGAUGCAGACUGAGACUGAGACGAAGGGCAAGCACCGCAUCAGCGAGCAUCUGGGACACAACCAUAACCAUGGCCCUGGACACAGCCACAGCCAUUCGCAUACGCAUCCGCGAAAGAAGGCCCAAAAGUGA